AUGUCAUCUUUCCCUCCCGGACGGAGUGUCCCCUUGCUGCUGACGACCCAUUGGCAUCAUCGAGCCCUAUCCACUGGGCCGACGAAGUCGAACAAGAGCUCUUCUCCGAUUGGACAACACCCGACCACACCGACAGCAAGCCCGACGGUUCGCAGAGAGAGAUGGUGGCUACACACUCUUUUUGUGAUCCUGGGGGAGACAAAAGUUGAGGAGACCGAUGCCAAACUUACCGUCGCUGAAGAAGCCGACUCGACUCCGACCAAUCUGACCGACCUGACUCCUCCGACUCCUCCGACCGACUUCACAUCGACACCGACGGCGGCCGACACUGACGCCAACACCGACAUCGACAUAGGCAUCAACACCGACACCUUCGAGAUCUACGACUCCGACUUCGACGCGGUCAACGAAUUCUGCACGGUGCUCCAGUACCUGUCCGCAACCGGGCACCUCCGACUCGACACAUACACGACCGUCUUCUCCGCUGCGGCACGACACGCCGUGCGCAUCUGGCCACCCCUUCUGGCUGAACGAACGACCGGCCCGUAG